CAGACCUUGUUCCUACCCAGACAACCCAUGUGCGGGUCUGUGCUGAAUGGGCCGCCUGCUCCAUUUUUCAGCCUUCAUGACUCAGAAACGUGAGGGUCCGGGGUUAAGGCAGCAUGUCCCUGAGCAUUGGAGCAGGACUUCUGGGUGGAGAAUUCCUGGGAACCUUCCCUGGCUCCCUGGAAGUGGGCAGAGGCCCUGGCAGUCUUUGAAAAGAGACCACUCAACAGGCAGCCCCAACCCCAGGCAGAGCCACAGGCACUGCUGCAUGGGAGCAGCCUCAUCCCCAUACUGGGGGAGGGCACAGCUCCAGCAGUCAGGAGGGCUUCCUGGAAGAGGUAGCAGAGAACAUUUCUGAGCCAUGAAAGGUGGCAUGGUCACCCCUGCUGACAGGAGAGCAUGCCCAAAGGGUGUCAAGUACUUCAAGCUGGCCAGAGGGCCCUCUGCUUGGAAGUCGGAGCUUUGGAAACAAUAUGGAGAGGCUGCGGCUCGUGAAGUCCCCAUGGGGCGGGAGCAAGGAGUGCUAUUGAAGGCUCAGAAUUUCCCGAGCCAGGAGAUCAAGGCUGGUGGCAUCCAUGGCCAGCUCCGUGACCCUGGGGCAGACAGUGCAGCGGCAGGGCUCCUUGGUGCCAGAGAGAAGUGAUGAUGCCCUUUGAGAUGAUGCCCUGCUGGGAACGGGAAGAAGCACACCGCUGCGAGCCAGGUGCCAGGAUGCAGGAAUGAUGCCUCUGGGGGUCCUGGCCUCCCUCCCACCCGGGUGCUAGGAGCCGUCCCCAGGCUCCAGCCGGGAGCCUUGCCGCCCAGGGGCAUGGCCAAACCUUUCUUCCGACUCCAGAAGUUUCUCCGCCGAACACAGUUCCUGCUCUUCUUCCUCACAGCCGCCUACCUGAUGACCGGUAGCCUGCUGCUGCUGCAGCGGGCCCGAGUGGCCCUCCCACAAGGGCCCCGGGCGCCCGGCCCCCUGCAGACCUUGCCCGUGGCUGCGGUGGCACUGGGCAUGGACCUGCUGGAUAGCAGAGCCUCGCGCGAGCCUCGAGUCAGCCCAGACGUGCUGCUGGGCGUGGACAUACUGCACAGCCCCCUGGCCCGGCCCCGGCCUGGACCCCGCUGGCUCCGGAGCCGCAACUCAGAGCUGCGGCAGCUGCGAAGACGCUGGUUCCACCACUUCAUGGGCAACACCCAGGGGCCUUCUGCGCCGGGCCCCGAAGUCCCCAGGCCAGCCGCUCACAGUCAAGGCACGUACCUCGGGUGCUUCAGUGACGAGGGCCAGGAGAGGACUCUGAAGGGGGCCGUGUUUUACGACUUGAGGAAGAUGACGUUGUCACACUGCCAGGACGCCUGUGCCGAGCGGUCCUACUUCUAUGCAGGCUUGGAGGCCGGAGCGGAGUGCUACUGUGGGAACCGGCUCCCGGCGGUGAGCGUCCGCCCAGAGGAGUGUCACCAGGAGUGCAAGGCGGAGAAGGGCUCCGUGUGCGGGGGCGUCGGCCGGCUCUCCGUGUACCGGGUGCAGGAGCUGCAGCCAGGCUCCAGGAAGCGGAAGAGUGCCACAUACCGAGGGUGCUUCCGACUGCCAGAGAAUGCUUCACACGCCUUCCCCGACUCCCUGAUACAGGCCAACGUGACCGUGGACACGUGUGCGGGCUUCUGUUCCCAGAACGAGUUCCCCUUGGCCAUCCUCAGGGGCUGGGAGUGUUACUGUUCUUACCCCACGCCCCAGUUCAACCUGCGGGAUGGAGUGGAUGGCACCCUGUGCGGCCAGGAGCCUGAGGCCCAGCAGCAGGGGCCCUACGGCCAGGUCUACCAGACACCUGUGCAAGACACUCGGUGCACAGACCGGAAGUUCCUGCCAAGCAAAUCCAAAGUGUUUGUGGCCUUGUCCAGCUUCCCGGGAGCCGGGAACACAUGGGCGCGGCACCUCAUCGAGCACGCCACCGGCUUCUACACGGGCAGCUAUUACUUUGACGGAACCCUCUACAACAAAGGGUUCAAGGGCGAGAAGGACCAUUGGCGGAGCCGGCGCACCAUCUGCGUGAAGACCCACGAGAGUGGCAGGAGGGAGAUCGAGAUGUUUGACUCUGCCAUCCUGCUCAUCCGGAACCCCUAUAGGUCUCUGGUGGCUGAGUUCAAUAGGAAAUGUGCCGGGCACUUGGGCUACGCAGCUGACCGUAACUGGAAGAGCAAAGAGUGGCCGGACUUCGUUCACAGCUACGCGUCCUGGUGGUCGUCGCACGUGCUGGACUGGCUCAAGUACGGCAAGCGGCUGCUGGUGGUGCACUACGAGGAGCUGCGCGGCAGCCUGGUGCCCACGCUGCGGGAGAUGGUGGCCUUCCUCAACGUGACGGUGAGCGAGGAGCGCCUGCUGUGCGUGGAGAGCAACAAGGAGGGCAGCUUCCGGCGCCGCGGCCGGCGCCCCCACGACCCCGAGCUCUUCACGCCCGAGAUGAAGGGCAUGAUCAACGGCUACAUCCGGACAGUGGACCAGGCCCUGCGGGACCACCACGGGGCGGGGCUGCCCAGAGAGUACGUGCCCAGAUGAUAGGUGCCCCGCCCCGCCCCUGCCAGGACGGCGCCACCGCACAGGCCCUGCGCAUGGCGAGAGGCUUGGGGACCCGGAGCAGUGUCGGAGCAGUCCCGAUGGAGGGCGCGCUGUGCCCGCGCGGCCUGAGAUAACGCUCAACUCCACACACGCAGACACGCUUCACACCCAGAGCGCGGGUGGGCACAGGGGGACGCGUUGCCCGUGCUCAGGAUGCCCGUGUAGGCACAGCUCAGCCACGCACAAAGGGUGUUGUGCCCGAACACUGAGUGAGACCCACCCUUGGACUCAGUGCCAUGCCGCGGAGACAUGUACGCAGAGAGGCCUCAGGGACCUCAGAUCUGCAGGAGAACUGGGGGGCCCUGGGCUGGUGGGCCUCAGCUCUGAGCAGCAGGGACAGUUGGGCUGGAGGUGGGGCUGCUGCUGGCCUGGGUGGCCCCAUCUGUGUCUGGCACCCAUAAAUGUGUGCAGCGUGGCCUUUGCAGGCCUGCCUCCCCUUCUUUGUGGUGGGGCUGACAGCACCACGGCAGAGGGGUCCCCCCACUCAUACCCCCACCUCAGGCUGGCUGUAUGUUACAUGUUCUGUGCACACACACCCAAACCCCUCCCACUUGCCCUACAUGGGCAUUCCCUUAAAUGGGCUUUUCUUGCUGGGCUUUUUCUCAGACCAUCCCCAGAAAAUCUGGGGUUCAUGCUAAGCCCCGCAAGUAGGAUGAGGAGGUGGUCAGUGGAACAGUAGGGUAGGGACCAGGGCUUGAAGGGAACCCCUGAAGUCAAGGGGCUUCUCCAACAGCAAGAGGAGUCUCGGGGGUGGGCAUGGGAGACUGCCAUGGAGAGAUGCUUCAGGGAUCAUUGCACCUGCUUGCACCUCCCCCCCACCCAUGUCAAUAGGCCCCUCUCUGAGGGGAUCCCAUGAUGACCCUGCAAAGAGCCAGGCUGCUCAUGAGGAAGUGGGUCCCCUUACCACCCAUCCACAUAACCCCCAGAGACCACUCCACUGUUUCCAGUCACUGUUGUGUUGACACGUGGUCUGUUAGCCACACCCUGUCUCUCUGUGAGGCCCACAUCUUUCCCACCAUCCACCAGACCCUCCAGCCUCUGAGAGGAAGGCCAUCACAGUGGCUCGAAGUAUCUAUAGACAUUACCCAACGAGGGAGGUGGAAAGGGGGGAUGAAGGAGGGAGAACCGCAUCAGCUAAUGCUCGGGGGCCUGGAAAUCCUUGGGUUUGAGAAAUGGUGGGGACUUGACUGUACUGCACUUGUGUCCUCUUCGGAGGAGGGGAAGGAGAAGGGUGGGGCUGGAGCCAGGGUUGAGCAAGGGGCUCUGUCCUUCCAGCUAUGUAGCACUCAAACCAGGUGGGGUGAUGGUAUAGUAACCAUCUCAGGCCACUCAGGUCUCCAUCGGUCUAGGAUACAGAAAUAAGGCCAUCGAAACCAGGUGGCCUGCUGACUUCUGAGAGGAUAGGGAGGUGGACAGCCCUUCAGGCCUCUGAAUUCUUCAAGUCUGGAGUAACCUUGGCUGAGCCCUUGGUCCUGACCUGGAAGGACCAGCCUCAAGGAGACCCACCAGCCUGAGCCAAGCAGCUUUGAGAGGGGAGGAUGGAAUAAAUGGUUUGGGGAACCUCUACCCAUCUCCACCCUGGCCCAGGGAGGACUGCCAAGGUGCAGCCCGCUGGGGCCACCCUUUGUCGGGCAGAGCCUCCCCAACCUUCCCUCUAUCAGCGAGUGGGUUUGAGCAGGUGGCCUCCUGGGGGCCUCCAGGUCUCCACUGAGAUGCCCCCAGACCCACACUGAUGUUGAAGCUGUGCUUGUCCCUCCCGUGGCCUCACUAAGAUUAAUGGUGGUAACACUGGGGUCUUUGUAGAUGUUCAUUGGUGCUGGCCAACUCCAUGGUCAGGGAGGUCCCUGGGAGGGAGGGCCAUUGGGGGACCAUCCAGGAAUCCCACACUUCCUUGAAAGGGGUGGGGGCAGGAACAAUGCCACCCCCAUCUCGGAGCAAACCCUAGAAUCUCUAAAGAGCAAACAUUGUGUUGACGCAGAAUGGGGAAUUCAGCCUCCCCCCAAGACUGGUCCCCUGGCUUUGGCCCUUGUUCCCUGGGCUCCUGAAGGAUCUUCAGGGAAGUAGAAUCAGAAGAUGUGGAAGUUGGGAGUGUGAUUGGAGGACCAGUCAGGACAGCAGCCUGGGUGUGACCUCUUGGGCUUCCCCUGCCACCCCGGGAGUGAGAGAGAUGGGUAGAUGGACCCAUAGGUCACUGCCACCAGGUACUUAGAGUCCUCAUCUCCCUCCUGAUGAAAUGUCGCCUGCUCCAAUGGCCUGGUGCUGUGUGCACGCUAGGACUGCAGAUGAGCAGAAGGCGCUUGGCACUCAUCCAGGGCUCAGUGAGUCACUUGGCUCCCGGGCUGGGUGGUCCAAGAAGAUGCAGAUGCCCCGCCUGGUGUUGCUGGUUUGCAGCACCCUUCAUCCCAGGUCUUCCUCUGUAGACGGUCUUGCCAGAAAUUCAGAAAGGACAGGUCCAGGGAUCCUUCUCUUACUUAGGCCUCAUUUGUAGCGCUCAGCAAUGAGGACGCGAUUGUUUAGCGUCUAUGGAUCUGUAUUUAGGGAAGAAGUGCAAGCGAUGCACUGGGAGCCAAUUGGAAGCGAGCAGGAAGGCCUGACUGACCGUGGAUUCUGUCUUGGAUUGCCAGGCUGUAGAGGUCAAACAAACCUGGGUGAAAACACCAUUUCCACGAGUUCAUCUCCCGAGUGGGUCUAUUUGGAAACUAUAAAACAAAAUCUUUUAAAAAAUGAACCACUUGAUAAUUCCGGUGAUGUGUCAGUGAGAGAGAAGAAUAGACAGGCUUCCGAAUCCUGGGAAGAAGCUGCUUAAUUAUGUGAGCAUCUCAUAAUGAAGUCUCGCUACUAAAAUUAGAUGUGGAAGGCAUGAAUAUGUGAUCAUGUUUGCACACCGGUAUGCAUCCUUUCCCCCCUUAAGAGUAGCAGGAGCUGCUUCGUCUUUAGGGUCCCCCGAGAGGCAACCAGGGAAGUACUGAGGUUGAUCUUGGAGCACAGGUUGGGUUUUUUUUAACCGGAACCCCCUUGGAGAAGUAUGAGCAGGCCUGUUUCCAAAGUGGCUUAUUUGGGUUUGGAGAGAAGCUGAUUGGUCAGACUCUUCUGGGUCAACACUUGGUAUGGGGUGAGUCAGACUGAAUGAGGUAGGGAGCAGAGUGCAGGGGGCAACAUGUAGGGCCGACAGAGGCUGACUGGGUGGUGGUGCCCACUUUGUGAUCUUAGACAACCACUUUGCUCUGUCUAAUCCCAGGUUCCCAUCAUUCACAUGAAGGAUGUCCUGGAUACUGGUGAGUCCGUUCCCAGCAUCCAUUCCCCCGUCUCCAUUCCCAGCAGCCCUGGUCAUCUGUUUGAGGAUUUAUAUGAUCUAGGGGGCAAAGUCAAGACUGGAACACCUGGCCCCAUCUCAGUCAGCACAUUGCAUUUCCCCAGAAUAGUGAUUGGUUCUGGCCUGAACAUGUGAUCUGAGCCUGCGCAGAGCAUGCUGGGCAAAGAGGCUGGUGUUAAUCCCCUUGCUAGAUGUGAAAGAGGGUCUUGAUGAUGACCCAUGACAAGGAGCCACUCUCAGUUUGAAUCUCUGCCAUUGAAGUCAAGAAGCAGAAAGCAACAGGCCCCUUGGUGGCAUCAUUUCAUGACAAGAUCUUAUCUUUCUCACAGCUGGCUCUAUCUCGCCAUCUUUUUGGUUACAGGAGCCAAUAAAUCUCCCUUCUGGUUUAAA